AUGUGGAAACAAUAUAAUUUCUUUAAAAAUGGCAUGAGGGGUGGGUUAGAAGAUAAUGCAUUUUUCAUGGUAUGGGACUUUAUUGAGUCCUGGAUUUUUCAAAAUUAUUGGACAACACUCGUCUUUAUAGUUUUUCUAGGAAUUAUAUUUGAGAUGGCACUCAUAAAACUUUGGACAUCCUUUCAGAAGAAGCCUGCAAUUUCAAAAAAGAAGAGUUCACAUACCCAGAAGAAUGAAGACAGAUGCCUACAAUGUGGAAGAUUAGGUAAUUGGUUAAUUUCAUGUCCAUCUUUACAAGAAAGAAUUGAUAUUUUUUCUGAAACAACAAUUAUUUCAUCACUUAUAUGUGAAGAAAAUGAAAGUACCUUUGAAGAUAGAAUUUCUUUUUCAGAUGACGUCAUUUCAGACAACAAUAGUGAAAACGGAUACCAAAGCAGUCACUUGAGUGAAAGUCAUAUGCCAUCAUCAUAUGAGACUAUUUCACCUUUGCCAUUAAUUCAUUCUGAAAUAAAGGAAAGCUUUCAAAGACACAGAGAAAGUCCAGAAAAGAAAGGUCAAACAGUACAAUUUUCAUCAAAGAAGCUAUUUUCAAUAAUGAAAACCAGCAAACAGAAAAAUGUAAAGUGUCCUACUGACCUUUACUUUUCAAGAACACCUAGAUUAGCUGUGCAAAACGAACGUCCAGAUGUGACCCCGUGCCCUCUUGUCCACUUAUAUCUUUCCAGAGACCAAGUUAGAAUUCUAGAAGAAAAUGUGAGAAGUCGAACUCUUUUAAAAGUAAAAGCUAUAUUAAAGAGUAAAUAUACUUCAAGAUCUCAAGCAUGCUUGAUUCAUGAUCAAAAAUCUGUUAGAAUGAGUAUUUCUACCCCAUCACAAGAUCCUUGUUUAGGACAAAAUGCUAUUGAUAAUCCAUUCCAACAGUUGGUUCAGAAUGAAGAAUCAAUCAACAGCCAGUCUGCUGUCAAGGUGAGAUUCUUACCUCAACCUCAAAAUUUGAUGAAGAAACCAACUCCCAGCAGCACACAGGCCUCCUUCCAGGUUCGAGGUAUGGCUAGGAGCCAACAUUUGAUCAAAGUCCCAUAUUCUGUGGAGACUCAAAAUUCAAUCCAGAGCCGAGUAUCUGAUAAAGAAGACUUAGAGGAAGCUCAAUAUUCUGUGUGGUUUGAAGAUUCAAAUAAGAAUAAAUAUUUAGUCAAGGGACAAAAUGCCAUUCUUAAGAAUGCUGGAUUUCUAGUUUUAACCCCAAGCCCAAAUACAUUUGCUGAUGAGAAAAUCCAGUUGAAAGGUAUAAAGCCAGAUGGCAUGCAGCAAGUUACUUCAUCCAAGGCAAACCAGGAUUCUGUCCAUAGCUUGGUGUCUCUUUCACCAACUAUAAAAGGGCAGAAGAAUAGAAGAAAAACAUCAAAAAGCAAGAAUAAACUUAGCCACAAAGUUCCUUCUCUAAAGGCAAAGAAAACUUCAGGUUCACGGGUAUUUCAAGUCACAGGACAUCACACUUUAAAAAAUACCAAGGAGUUAGGAAGCAACAGUAACACUGAGAUGAAAGGAUUACACAAAAAUGAAGAUAUAUCAGACUUAGCUUUACAUCUUAUUUGUGUUUCCAAGUUUGUUCCGCCUAACAUGAAAAAGUCUUUCAGGAAAAAACUAGUGAACGUCAUACCAGAUUUAACAAAAUGUAGACAUUUUUUCUGGAAAGAAAAUAACUCACCAGAUACAGAGAAAAUCAAUUAUGCAAACUCUACUGAGUACAGUGGAAUCUCGGGCAUUAUUAAAAAUGUAAAGCAGCGUGGGACAGGAAAUGAAAAACAAAGGAGUAUGUCACCAAAAAUUCCACCUCAGCUCAAACAAUCUUUCAAAUUCAACACUUACCAAUCAAAAACACCUGGGAAUUUAGUAAUGAAACCAGCCUGGGAGAAUAAGAAAUCUCCUGAGAAUCUAAUUGGUAUUGCAGACUUACAUGCCCCAAAUAGCAAGACAUUUGACCUGAGUAUUCCAAAGCAUGAGGUAUCUUUAAAAGAAGCUGUAUCUGAACCUAUGCAGAAGUUUCUUUCCUCUUCCAAAAUGGAGUCAAAAGUACUUGAAGACCUGGAAAAUACAGAUAAUGCUCAUGUUCAGCUUUUGCAAGGAGAAAAUUUCCUAACUAGCACAUCAGAAAUGCAAAGUUGCUUUCCAAAUGGAAAUAUACAAGCACAAAAAGAGCAUUUCAAAAUUGCUGUGGAGUCUUCAGAUACCAAUUUGUCCAUGUCCCUAAGAACCAAAAGGCAUAAAAACAGCAGCAAACUAGCAGAUGUAAAAAUUCCGUUGAAUACUGAAGAUGUGAUUCAGAAGGAAAAGAAACAUGCAGACUAUGAUAACUUAAGUCUAGGUGAAGAAAUGGAAUGUGAUGCUAGAAGCAACAUGAAAAAUAUGGAUGAGAAGGAAACAGCAGAUACAAGUCAGAACGCCACUUACACUACCAUUCCUGAGCCAUCUCAUUUGGAAGUGCCCAACAGGACAAAAUCUGAGAAAAAUACAUCAGGAAUAAUAAAGCCGAGUCAUUCAACACCAGAGCAAGAGAAAUCUACAGAUGAAAAGAAAAGAUAUGAUGUCAAGUAUAUUGAUAAGGAAUUUAUAAGAGACAUGUUUAAAAAUCUACAAAAAUGGAACAGAGACCUUCAACAAUGGAACAGAAAGAAACAAGAAACUUUGGAAGACCCAGAAACUCAGUCGACACAAGGUUUUACCAUGAGCAAUCAGCAACUCAAAAAGGUCAAAUCUGAAAUAGAAGCAGGCUCUUUAGAAACUGAAAAAAACCCAAAGAAAGAGCAAGCAAGAAGGGUACAAACACUUUGUACAAAAAGCAUAUCAGGGUCUGGUCCUUGCCCUGCAGGGGAUCCACUUAAAGUUGAGCGGCUGAUGCAAAGCACAAACAGACACGCAAGCAAAGGACAUACUGCCGAGCCCAAGAAUCCACUUGCAUUGUCAGAAAAUUUCUCAGUUCGUGAACUUUUAAUUGAUCCAACAAAGUGUGGUGUUGGAUUUAAUGGAAAUCCUCGAAAGUCACCAGAUGAUCAGACUGCAAAAAAAGGAGAAAUCUUCGAAAGAAUUUUACCUAAGUUGCAAAAUGAAGGGAGCAAAGAAACCCUACCAGGACUAGUUUCUCGUGAUAGCUGCCAUCUCAGAUUCGAUGCAUGUCCAGUAAAGGAGCUAAAAAUAGAAAAAGAAAUGAACCAAAAAAUUCCAUUCACAGAAACCACUGUGGAGUCUACUUACUCCUCCAUAAUGAAUGCAUUUCCUGUCAAGAAUAUGCAGAAAAGCCCAACAGCACCUGCAUAUGUAAAAUACACUGAAGAUUCCAAGAUUUACCCCUGGAUGUUGGGAAAACCACCGACUGGGGAGCCUUUAAGCCAAACAAGGCAAAGCGAUGUUCCAGAUACUGGACCUCCUAAAAGAGAAAUAGGUUACCAUAGUUCAGAUAAAACAGAAUUACCUAAGGAUUUACUAACAACUUUCCCUGAGACUUCUGAUUUCUCCAUACUGGGUUUAUCUCACUCUAAAGGACAGAAACAAAGAAGAAGAUUAGCACACAAGAAAAGAAUACUGAGAUCUAAAUAUGUACCAGUGAAGACAAGAAAGCUGCCGGUUUCACAGAAACGUAUCAUAGCAUCUCAUGGUUUUGGUCACAGAAAACAAUUAGGAUCCAACUUUAAGACCAAAGAUAAGAUGAAAAACCAAGGUGAAGAGUUGGUAGAUGACUCUGCAAGUACCGUUUACUGUCCCAUGCAUGACAGAUCAGAAGCAGAGAUAAACAGGAGUUGUCUUGUUUGUUUAAAGCAAAGAGAACUAGCAGAUAAAGAGCGAUCAAAGCUUGCAGAUUCCUUUGAGCAAAGUAAUGUAUUCAUUGGUAGAGCAGAAAAAACACCGGAUGGAGAGGAAGAAGAACAAAAUGAUUUACCAGCAACAACUCCCCAGCUGACCCAACACCUCAGGUCAGAUGCAUGUCAGAUGAAGGAGAUGCACCUGGCCUUGAACUAUUUAACGCCAAAGAUGCCUAUUUAUGGGGAAGAUGCACAGUGCCAAACAGGUUUUCAACAAAUGGUUUUGGAAGCUAGUCCCAUAAUGGAUUCUAGAGAAGUUGAAGAAUUACAGAAGCCCAACAAACCAGAAUAUGAUGUCCAAGUUCCCCUGGGUCCAGAGUUUCCAUCUCCUAAAUCAGGAGAGUCCCAACUCAGUACACUUUUGGAGACUAGGACAGAGUGUUACUUACCACCUAGUGGAAACCAUCAGAGGGAGAGAGAUUCUUAUUUUGUGGAAGGAUAUUCAGAGUUACCAAAGGAUUUGCCGCUAACGCCCUCACAGUAUUCUGAUCCCCUAAAACCUUUUGUUUCUGAAUCUAAAAGACAGAAACACACAGUAGCCAGGAUGCCAACAGCUAUGAGAUGCAAAUGUACAGUGAUGAAGUCCAAAAAGCCAGCAGCUUUACGCCUGUUUAAUGGAAGCUACAGUAAGCUCUGCCAUCUUUCCAUGAAGACUAAAAAUCCACCACAAAGUAAAAUUGUAGAAGAUGUGCCCUUGGAUGCUACCCACUCCACGGUGUCUAUUUUGCCCAAUAGCGAAAGGAGUAGCAGCUUGAACGAAACUGAUGGGCAAAUGAGAUCGGUAGCAAGGCUUGCCCAUAACCAGGUAAGCCAAGAUAAAGCACCAGCUGGAAGAAAAAUAUGGCCCCUGGAUUCUAUUAAUAUGGGUAGUAUAUUCAGCCAUAUAAAAUAUGGAAAGGAAGAGGGAGAAAAGCAUGAUGUUUUACCAGCUCCAGAGGAUAACCAACAGUUCCGGUAUAGUGCAAAUAAAGAAAAAGACCGUGGCCUUGUGAAAUCAGAAGAGGAAGUGAACCAACUAGGAAGAACUCAAGUAGAAACACAAUCUACACGAACUAAUUUAGAUUCCAUUUCACACCCUACAGUGAGUACGUUUCCAAUGGAAAACCUAGAGAAAUGUACCAAUAUUUUUUUACCUCAAAAGUCAGAAGAGUCAAUGGCUGAAGUCAUACCUUCUGCAAGAAAGUAUAGUGUCACAUCUGUUGGAAAUCAUCCAAAGGGACAAGACAGUGAUACUGAAAAGAAAAGGGCUGUGACUUGUGAUGAUGUCUGCAUUCCUACUUCAUCUGCACCCCAAAAGGAGAAAGACAUCAAACCAUUUUCAGACAUGAAACCUUCAGUGACACCAAAACGUGUCAUUGUAGAGGCAAAGAAGCCAUUCAAUUUGUACACAUUCAAUAUCAAGGGUGAUGCUAGCUCAGAUCCUAGAAAAGAAUUGAGAAGUAAUUUGAUAACAAAAAUGAAAGAGACACAGCCAGAUGAAAAAAUGGUGGAUAGUAUAAGCCCCUUUAUAACAAUUAUGCCUGACAUUAGCAUGCUCUGCAAAAAAGAAGAAAGAAGUAUGUUAGGAGGAGAAAAACUCAGUUCUACAAAAGGAGAGCAAGGGAUAAGGUCACAUGAAGCAAAUAUUACUUGGGAUGACACUAAAGAAACAAAGCAAGAUGAUGAAGAAGAAGAGCAGGAGCAGGAGGCAUUAAUAAAUGUAAUUCCACAGCAUGGUCAACAUUUCAUAUUCCAUUCACAGCAAGAGAAGAAGCUUGACCUUCACAAAGCAGCAAAACGAAGAAGUAAUAAAAUCCUGUUUGUUACAGAACAAGAUGUAUCACCACAGAUGCAGCCUUCAGAUUCAGUUCCAUUCGACGAAGCCGAGGAAAUCCUCCAGAAGCAAAUUGAUGCAAUACAUGCAAUGGGUUCAGUGCAUCCUCCCCCAGCAUCAGAGGGACCACAAAAAAGUGGUGAAGUAUUCACUGAUGCAAUGAAAUGUGACGCCUCGUCUGAUACUAGCAAAAAGGAAAAGGCAGAAUUAAAUUGUCUACAACCAACUGUCCUGAAGUCGCUCAAUUUUACUCAUUCUGAUCUACCUGAAUCUGAAAGAAAGACAACUCAAUGCAUAGACUUAAAAAGGAAACUCAGUCUCCAGUGUGUAACUUUGAAGGCCAAGAAGGCACCAAUUUCACAUAUACUUAAUAUUCCAAAAUAUGGUCCUCAAAAACCAUCCCGAAAAACCCUCAAGUCACACACUGUUGAAGGUGGUGUUCACAAAGAAGACUCUGAGAUCCCAUCUGAUGAAAUUCACAUAAGGGUUCCAGAAGAUCCAAGUGCAAGGACAAAGGAAGAAUCAGCACUAGAACUACUAAAAACCGUUUUGGAGUGUUUAGAUGUCUCUGUUUUGGCUUUACUUGCAUCUAAAAGAAAUAGAAACUGUUUCCAACUCAUAAACAAGAGAGAGGAAAUGAGUUCCAAAUGUCCCACUCUAAAGGUAAAGAGGGCACCGGUGUCCUGUGGCACAUCAAACUAUAAAAGGCAACUGGAACACAACUUCAAAGCCAUGCUGAAACAAGGUACACUUACAGCAGAUGUAUUUGAAAAAGCCUUCUCUUCUCCUGUACUUGUUUCCCAAGGCAUGAAAAUACAUAAAGAAGUAAAAGUAGAGGCAGAUCUGCUGUGUGAAACAAAACCUCGUCAUGAACUAGAACAGCAAGAACAAGAAGCAUCUAGUGAAGAGAGAGCCUGGUGGAUGGAUUCCAGCCAUAAGAAAGGCAGUAUCUCACAUGACACUAAAGAAGGCAAAGACCAAGGCAGGGAGGAAGAGAAGGCUGAACAGUUAAUAGAUGCAGUCCCAUCGAAUUCCCAAUGCUUCAGCUUGAAUGUUCACAAAAUGGAAGAGCCUAACCUUCUGAAAUCAGAUCUGGGUCUGAAGCAUUCAACAAGUGAAAAAAGCCCAGAAUCACUCACUGUGCUUCAAGGGCGACAGCCAAAAACAGCUGUCACACAAAAACUAUUAAAGGAUAUUUCUUUCUCUAUUUUGGAUUCAUUCCCAGUUGAGAUACUACAGAAAAGAGAAAAACCACAAGGAAGCUUAAAAAAUAUAAGGAGUCUCACGCCAGAGAAAUCAAUUAGUAAAGUUUUAAAUGUUACAACAAAGGACAGCAUACCCUUUGAAAGAGACCCUAGAAAGGAACUUGCUAGUUCUCAUUCAGAGGAAAAGAUAAAGUUACAAAGAGAUUUACGAGUGAGAACUGCAGAGCCAUUUGAUUUUCCCAUGCCUGUUUUAUCAGAAUCUAAAGGUCAGAAAAAUAUAACACAAUUAUCAGCACAGAAAGGUAUAAUGAGUACCAAAUGUGAAACUUGGAAGUCACAAAAGCUACCAUGUCCACAAAUACUUAGUGUCACUAGACGUGGCCACCCAAAGCACGAAAAAAACCAGAGCAGCAACUCUGAAGUGAAGAUGAAAGAGAUGCAGCAAAGAAAAAGUUUGCCUGAAGGCUUUCUGAAUGCCCAUGCCUCUCCUGUUUUAACAGUUGUUAAAACUUGUAGCAGCAUAGACACAGAGACUGAUCCAUUAAAAGAAGUAAGAUCCAGUAUUGAACCAUAUGCUUAUUCCAUGGAUAAGAGCUCUACCGUAAAUGACAGAGGAGCUGAAGUGCAGGAAAAGAAAGAGGAUAAAGCUUUAGAAGGAACUUUACUAUGCUGUACCCAACAAGCCACAUCCUCUGGGUAUCAACAGAAAAUGUCAGACCUUGUUAAAUGGGAUGCAGAUUUGAAUAGGUCAGGGAACCAAAACAAUCAAGAAUUGGUUGUUACAGAGCAAAUGGUGCCACCACAAACAACAAUUUUAGAGACUUCUUCUAGCCCUCUAAAAGUUUUGUUUCCCGUCAAGAUACCGGAAAAAACUAAAACACAAACACAUAUAGUAGAUUCAAAGAUUCCUUCUCGAACUUUAAGUGACUCAUCAAACAGUGUACUUUUACACAAUAAACCUGAUAAACCGUGUGAGGUAAUCCAUAGAUGGGAACUUGAUGGUCACACUGUGGAAGGAAAAGCAGGCAUGCCAGUCUUAGAGUCUUUUGAUUUCUCUGGACCUAUUUUACAUGAAUCCCAAGGCCAGAAGAAGACACCACAUGCGUCCAGGGAUGCACCUGUGGAGGCAGAGAUGCAGCCAAUAUUGGAGAUGAUUAAAAUGAGUAACUGCAGUGCUCUGAGCCAGAGAAAGGAACAACAAUGCAAGUUUGAAACCAUAGUCCAACAUAUAGCUGAAAGUAUAUCAAAUAUAUUGAUGAAUUCCUAUGUUUUAUCCACAUCUGUGUCAACUGGCAUCAAAAUGCAUAACAAAGGAAAAGCAGAAAAAGAUCUGUUAAGAGAAACAAACAACAUUUCACAGUUAAAACAAGAUGAAGAGAAAAGAUUUUGUGUAAAUUUCUCUGAUAAAUGGAUUACUAUCUCAAAUAAUACAUCAGAAGCAAGACAGCAAGAUGAAGAACCAAAAAAGAACAAAGAUGGUUUAUUCGACAUAAGUCUGAUGUUUCCGGAGGACAAAGGCAGUAGAAAUGAUCAAAAUACAUCUACUACAAAGCGAGAAGCACAGCAGCCCACACUGGUUUCAGAAAACACACUCCAGUGUAAUUGUUUUCCUACGAUGACCCCAUUUCACAGUGAAAAGCUGAAGAACAACUAUUCACCCCAAAACUGCAUAGUAUGUACCGAAGGGGCGAAGAUUUUAAGACAAAACCUAGGAAAAGCGGUGGUCAGCCAUCCUUCAAUUAAUAAAGCCAAGCAUAGAACUAUGUUCGCUGAGAACCCUACAAGUAACCUGAAUUUCUGUAAUGCAGUUUCUAUGCAACCUGAGAGAGGAGAAGAAAUCAGAAAACCUCACAACCUGAUAAAAUUCACAGCUAAUAGAAAUAUUCUACCUGCCAAGUUGGGGAGUGCAGUGCUUAGAGACUCAUGUGAUGAAAUAAUUGCAAGGAAACCAAACAGUCAUUUUGGCAAGAUAAAUGAAGGGUUACACAAAGAUUUGAUAACCGCAGCCAUAGCAUCUAUUUUCUCUGACUCUGAAAAACAGAAAAAGGUAUUACAAUUUCCAAAAAGCAGAGAUAUUAUCACUUCCAAGUAUGUACCUAUGAAGCCAAAGAGACAUCUGUGUUCAAAGAUGCUUAAUAUCACCAACAAUUGCAAAAUGCACUAUAGGAAGAAACAGGAGCAUAGUUUACAAUCUAGCAUAAAAGACAUGCAGCAAAAUGAAAGUAUUCCACCUUUACUUUUGACUCUCACACCUGUUUCAACUGAAAAAAGUGUGGAUAUUAAAAUGCCUAGUGGAUCAAAAGUUGAGACAGAUAAAAGGAAAGUAAGACUAUACAAUUUUGCUCACCUAGAAUCAGAGCAAUCAACACAUGAUGGAGAAGCAUGGAAAGUUGAGUUGACCGAUAUGCAAAACACAUCAAGCAACAUAACGGAAGUGAACUUGCAACAUGAAGAGGAAGAAAGAAACAUGAGAGGGUCGCUAGCAGAAUCCGUUUCAUACUUAAGUUCCUUUGGUUGUCAGAAGAAAAACUGUGCCAGACAAGAAUCUUACAUGAAUCGUUCAAAAGAUGAGAAAACUCAGAAUUUGUUUUGUGCAAUUCCAAAGAUGACGUCAAAAGAAAAUUGUGAAAAAAGUGUGUUGGGUCCUUUCUGUAGAAACAUGAUGAAUUUUCUUCAGGCCGAGCCCAUGGAAGAAGGAGAAAUAAAAUUCAUGGAAGAUCUAAGGACAUCAUUUGCAAAUGAAGGAAAAUCAGAGCUUGGUUUAAUGAUGUAUAAUACUCCCUGGGAUGUAACUCCUAGAAGGAAAUGUCCUAUUUCUGAGAAAAGGGCAUUAAAUAAAAAAGACUUAUUACCAACAGUCUUCAUUUCUUCGGAUGUCUUCAUCCUUGAUCCAUCUGAAGCUAAGAGACAGAGCCAUCCAGAGAUUGUAAGCAAGAAAGAUAUAAUAGGUCCCAAACAUGUAACUUUGAAGGCAAAGAAAUUACCAGUUUCACAGUUUAUGAAUUUCACAAGAUGUUAUAGAGGAUAUUGUAGAAAAAAAACCCAGCACCAGUUUAGGUACACGGUAAAAGGAAGGCAACAGAAUGCAGGUGUAGGGGAAGCGUCCCUCAGUGCCAGUCUACCUGGCAAGUCUGUGUCACUUGAUGUGAAAACAGCUACUGAAUCAAAAGUACUGAGGGACAUCCCUGAAGUUGACAUAACCAGUGAUCACUGGUUAAAGCAAAAUACAUCAUCAACUGAAGGAGAAGUUUGGCCUAAAGAGUCUAUUGCAAAUAAGUACGUGCUCAGAAUCACAACAGAAGCAAAAGUGCAAGAUGAUAAGAAAGUGAAAAUGGAUCAAGACGCCUUAGCAUAUGAAGGUGGAGAUACAUUACAAAUGCCAAUUGUGAAAGAGAGAGGAAAAGUAGAAAAGCUCAUCAAACAUGGAGAAAAUCCCAAGAGUUCAUCUCUGAAACCAGAGAAAGCAAUGAUUAGAGAACUUCCAGGGGACACUUCAAAAUGUACUGCUUAUUAUGAUGAAAACUCCAAGAUGAGUAUGGACAGUCAGAUUAUUGAGGGAAAGUCAGGGUUUCAAAAAGGUUUACCAGAAGUUAUCCUGGAGCUUUUUCGUUUGUCAAUGCCUAUUUUAUCUGAACGUAUAAAGCAGAGGCAACUAGUACAGCUACAAAAUGUAAAAAGGACUGUGAGCUACAAACACUUAACUCUAAAGACAAAGAAGCUACCAAUUCUACAGUCAUUUCAUACCACUUCUCCAAGCACUAGGAAGAACUUAAAGUGCAAAUAUAAAUACAACACAAAACAAGCUUCACCAGUGAAAUAUGAGGCAGAUGCCUCAUAUUGUUAUUCUAUGACUCUUCCAUUGACCACUGAUGUGGAGAAGAAGUUAAAAGCAGAGGUUGAAAUGGAAAGCGAAACAAUCAGUCUUACACAAAUAAAGCAGAAAGAAUCAGAUGACAAGAAAACACGGGAUACACAUUCUAGUGAUAAGAGGAGAUCCUCAAGAGAUGUAACCAAAAAAGCAUUCGAAGAGAAAGAGUAUCAAGAAAUUAUAGCAAAAGAAAUUCCACCUUAUAUGCAAUCGCUCAUACCUGAUUAUUACCAAAUCAAAAAACAUGGUCUGGUCAAAUUAAAAAAUAGUUUUCCAGGAAAAAGAAACAAUUGCAAUUUUCCUGUGAAAGAGGGAGAUGUGCAGCAGCAAACAUCAUUACCAGAAAUGAUUCUGGACUCCACUGCCUACCACAUAAUGAAUCUAUUUCAAGUCAAGAAGAUGAAGGAGAGGCAUCAAAUGCAAAAAGUGACUGACAGUGUUAAGAUUCCUCCUCCCAAGUUAGUAAUUGACAAGCUUUCACUUGAUACAAUUGAGAGGGACAUUGAGCCUAAGGGGACAUAUCCAAAAAAUCUGGGAAGCCACAUGGCAGAAGAAAAGACAGAGUUAUUAGAACAUUUAGAAACAUCUUUCUUGAAGCCUUUAGAUUUCUUCACACCUAUUUUAUGUGACUCUAAAAGUCAGAUAAAUCAUGUUCAAUUAUCAGAAAAGAAAAUUAUCUUAAAUCCUAAAUGUCUAACUCUGAAGGAAAAGAAGUCACCAUUUUCACAGAUAAUUAAAAUCAGAAGACCACUGCCUUCAAAACAUAGGGUGAAGUUGGCUUCCACUUUAAAACACAAAAUGAAAGAAGUGUUGUCAGGUACAAAUGCAGCUGACACAUUUCCAAAUAGCAUUUACCUCACACUUGAUACCUUGGCCAUUAAAAAGCAAAGUAGGUUUAAAACAGACAGAGGCACAGGAACAGUGUCACGACCACCGCCAUGCGUGGAAUCACCACCUCAAGAGAUAUCAAGGCAUUCAGAUUCUGUUAUGAAGGAAGAUCCUGCAAUCCUUUUAAAGGAAGCAAAGCUACAUGAUGAAGAAAGUGAGAUACGGAAGAAAGAACAUCUCAUAAAAAUGCACGCCGUGCCUACUAAAACUUUCAUGGUAAAUACAUGUCUUGUAAAAGAACCUGACCCUGACAAAUCAGAAAGUAACAAUUCAGAUGAAUCCUUUCUGCCCAACAUUGACAUCAACAAAGAGAAUUUAGGGAAAAAUGUAGAAUUAGAAAAAAGCAAAAACGCAACAGAGAAUCUCAAAAUGAGACACUUAAGCAUGGAGAAAUCAGAGGGUUAUUCAGAACUGAGGCGAUCUUCAGAGGAUGUUGCACCUAGUCUAGUGGAUAAGAAGAUAAUGAGAAAUUCAGUUUUACAAGAAAAAGUUCAACAUGGUAAGUUAGCAGCGAUUAUUCUAGAUUCCUUUAGCAGGCACUUGCCUACCUUACAAAAAAUAAAAAGACAGAAUGAUAUCCUAAAAAUAGCUAGCCUGUCAAGUGCGAGCUCCAAAAGUGGACAUUUGAGGGGAAAGCAAUCACUUGCUACCAAAAGUCAUGGUACUCAAAACCCUAAGAAGAAGCAGGAACAUAAUUUUAAAGGCCAGAACAAAGAAGGUGAGAAAGAAACAGCUGUACCUGGGACAUUGCUACAUUCUGUGUGUCCUUCAAUGUUUACAUCACCUAACAUGGAAAUGGAGCAGUCACCUGGUUUGUGGGGUAUCUGUUCAAAAUCUUCUGAUGAGAGCAAUGUCUUAACUAAAGCAAAAGUUCAAGAGAGAGAAAAGUGUGACCAACAAGUUUUACAUAGAACAGCGUCACAGUAUACUCAGACAUUUGGGACAGGUCAAAAGAAAGAGAUUGGUCCUUUCAAAUUCGACGUGCCCUACAUUAAUACAGUAUGCCCCAAAGGCAUCACUCCACAGAAAACAGAAAUUGAUUUAAAAGAACAACAGAGGAAGAUAAAAUUUGUGAAUGAGAUUAGUCCAAAGUCUGGUUUUUCCUCUGAGAUAUGCCUUCUUCAAACUGAGCAGCAGAAGAUGGAAUCUGAAACUGCAUGCUGUCAAAUUAAAGAAGAUCCAAAGGCUAAGAAAUUAAUCACUGAUACACAUUUUUUAAAUACAAUAGGGUAUGGUGGUUCAUUACAACACAGAGAAGAAAAAGAAGGGAAAAGCCAUCUUACCCUGAAAAAGAAACAACAAAACCCAGAUAUCUUGGGAAAUAACUGGGAUUCUGUUUAUGCCAACACACCUCUGUAUUCUGAAAUGACAAGCCCAAUAGAUAAAGCAAAAAUGGCAGAUGUGAAAAACAUUAUGCAUAACGAACAAAUGAAACUGAAAACAAAGAAAGCACCACUUUUCCAUCUGCUUAAUAUUACUAAGCAUGACAUGAAAGAGAGUAACAACAGACUGAGAUAUCAUAAACAGGAGAAAUUAUCACAGAAGGGUGAACAUGUCACAAAUUUAGUUCGGAAAGUCAUCCAUGAGUCUGAGUGCCUAACUUCUCAAGCUCAAAAGCUCAUAGAAACAAUAAAAACUGAGAGAGACAAAUGUAAAGAGGAGGUGCACAUUUUUCCACAGCGAAAGCUAGAGAAACCCCUAAAUGGAAGGCAAGCUUUAUCUUCAGGGUCUGCUAAUACAUCCAACAACAAUAAAACCACAUCCCAACAGUUGAGACCCAACAUCCACCAAAUAAAGCAGUGCCGUCGGGUCAAAGUAGACUUGCAAAGAAGGAUGUGCUCAGAACCAGUUUCACAGCAAAGAGCAUUCAAUUCUGCUGCCCUUGAUAGCCAAGGGAGUAGAAGAGGAAGAGAGGUCUUUGUUCCAGGGCAAGAGGCACAGCAGCAGAAUUCUUUUCUCCAGCAAGAAAUGCAGAAACUAGAAAUAGUGCCCAACACCAAUCUGGAUUCUAUUCCUUGCCCCACGAAAGAAACUUUUAAUUUGAAAAACAUAGUAGAAAUCAGACCAAAACAAUUCUCAAUUCCACAGAAAAAAGACUCAAUGCUGACCAAUAGUCUAUCAUGUUUCGGAGAUAUGCAGUUUCUUAUUUCAGGAGUAAAGACCCAGCAACAGAAGCCUUUCACAGGAAGUAUUCUGGAGCCCAGGUCCUCUCACGUAUGGGCUCAACUUUACAUUGAAAAGCCAAAGGAAGAAAUAAAUACAAAACCUCUCAUUUUAAAGAGUUCAGGACAACAGGCAGAAGAAAUAUCCAAUGAAGCGUUUAUGUCAACUAUUGGCCAUGAAGAUAAAAGACUAGGUACAGUGAAAUGUACCAUGUAUCCCAAAAAGGUGAAAAUGAAGGCAAAGAAAACUCUUGUUUUCCAGCUACUUUAUGUUACAGGGUCUGGAAUCCAAAGUGCUAAAAAGGAGUUGAGAUUUAGCAUGAAGAGACAGCAGAAGGAGUCCCAGCAGAGAGAAAAUGCUGCAGAUGUCAUUCUGAAAAUGACCUAUGAUUUUGAAUAUGUUCCUUCACACAUUAAGAAACUGAAGAAAGUGAUAAGGGAAAAUGGUAAGAAGAAAAACUUGAUGCUCUUUACUCCACCACUAAAAGAGAAGAGCUCACUAGCUGAAAGAAAAAUUCUACCUUCAGAGCCAAUUUAUAAGAGUGACAUAUUACACAUGAUUAAAAAAGCAAAACAGCAUAUCGGAAAGCAAAAAGGGAAAAACCAAACUCUUCUCCUGAACAUUCUCCCACCACUUAGACAUGGGUUCAUGAUUAGCAAACUGAAGAGGAGGUCCAACCCUGUCAAAUUAGCUGCAGAUUUGGAAGGAAAGGGAUAUCCUAAUCCAGCUUCACAAAAAAGGGAAAGCAAUUAUGCUUUUUUUGAUGACCCAAAUAUAGAACUUGAUGUCCUCAACAAACAAAAAGUAAAGGAAAAUGAUGCAGACAUUGCCAAACAAAUCUAUGUGGUACCACGUGCAAGAGAAGGAGCAGAGAAAAGUGUUAUCUUUUUAAAUUCAAAAGAACAGGAUAUGCCUUCCACAGAGAUGGACACUUCUCAAGAUAAGUCUUGCAAGGAGCAAGAAUUGUUCAAGAAAGAAUGUGUUUCAGCAGCAAAUCUAAAGGCUGUUACUUGUCCCUCUUGGCAACCUCUUCCUUUUGAAAACAUCGAACAGGUAACUAAGGAAGAACGUGUAUACACUAACAGAAGAGAUAUUUUCCAACCCUUGGGAAAUAAAGGAUCAAAGGACACAGACAGUUUACCUGGUUCAAAAGGACAGUACUUUUUGGAUACAAAUGUAGGUGUCCAUCAAAAAAUAUCCGUAGUUCAGGAAGAAGUGGUGAAAUCAGAUCACCUUCCUGAAAAGAGUUUUAACUCUGUGUCUUUUCCCAGUCAGGAGCUCCAUCGUUUAAAACAGGCAAUAAAAGCAAAAGAGAGAGAGAAUGUUAGCAUCUCCAGAAACAUAAAUGUAGAUCCAAGGCAAAAAGAAAGAUUCAAGUUAACCAACAUUUCCCUGAACUCAAAUAGCCAGAAAAGGAACUUUUCAAAAACACUGGGGGCAAAGUCACCAAACCUUCCCAGAGACAGUACUCUGCAAUCAGUUUCCUCUGACCAAUUGGAUACGUUUUGUUUCAAAAAGCUAGAGGAAAAAGUACCAACUAAAGAAACGGGCUCAGAAGUUUUGAGUCCAAAGUUAGGGCAAACACUAAGCAUAUCAGCUAUUCCAGUGGCUCAGCCUCUGUGCAAUGCAGGAAAUAAUUUGCAUAACAGAAGAGAAGACUAUCAACAAUGUACCUGCAGACCACAUCCAAUGCCUAUUUCUCCCUCUUCAGUGGACACCCAUCAGAUUAAAGCACCAUAUAUAACAAACUCAAUGGCAGAAGAUAGUAGAGUGUAUCACAUCUCAAAUACAGAAGAAAUUGGUUUCCUGGUUGCUGAAAAGGAAGAAGAGCAAUCAGAAAAUAUACAUCAACUUUCCCCAAAGCCAUCUUCUGACUCAUUGAUAGCUACACUUCAAAAUCAGAUACCAUAUGUAAAGAAUGUAUUGGAAGAAAUUCUCUGCAUGGUGGAUUGUACUUCAACUGUAGAGGGAACUGGCUUGCUCUAUGAAAGAAAGGUGGAAAGGCAAACAGAAAGCAUAUACCAGACUUGCGCAAAGCCAGCUUCUAAAUCUUCUACAGAUAAAUUUAAAAAUCAGAUAUCGAAAGAAGUAACUAGUAUCUUAGAUCACACUUUGAAUACAGAAGAAAUUGGAAAAAGGCAAUCAAAGAGUGUGAAAAUCAUUAUUCCAAAAUCAGUUUACCACCACCCUGGGAAGGAUAGAGCUCAAAAUCAGACAUCAUGUACAAAGAAAGCUUCAGGAGAAAGAAAUAGUGUCAUGUCAUACAAGCCAAAUACAGAAGGAAUUGUAAUUCUUCCCAAAAAUCAAGAAAAGAAGGCACAGAAAUGCAAUGAUGAGCCAGAUGUGGCUCUAACUAAACCUUCUGCUGCAUUACCAUCUCGACCUCCCAUCAAACUGGAUAAAGAAAUACAAUUGGAUGAGGAAAUUUUCAAAAUCACAGACUCUGUUUCGCAUACAAUAUCAAAUACGAGGGAAAUAAGAUAUACAAAAUCAAUCCAUGGUGAUAUCACUAAAGAUAUUAAAAAUGCAACACAAAAUAUGCCUCAGGAAGAGAAGAGGGACAGAGAAGAAGCAGUAGAUGUAAGAGAAACAAAACAUCCCAUUGCUAUAACACGGAAGACACAGAAAUCACCUCCUUCAAAUAUGCUGCAUAGAACAGAACUAUAUCUGAACAUUAGAAGUCAAAGGAAAAACAAACAGGAGACUCAAGCUAAACCAUCACAUAUAGUUUUAAGAAAAAUGCCUACUUCUGAGCCUUCUCCCCCUGACUCAAAAGUAGAUAAAGGUACACAAGUAGAUAAAGAAAUGCUAGAAAUUAGAAAAUCCCUUCAACUGCCACUAAUACCUUCAGCAUCACCGUCUGGAAAGAAAAGAGGAAAAAUACAAGCAACUGAUGGUACCAGAGAAAAGGAAAAAGAGUACACAGCCCAGCAAGCAGCGUACAAGCUGAAAGCAACAGAAAUGGGGAUGAAGAUGCAUUGCAAAUCACCAAAGACUUCACCAAUUUUACAUAUGCUUAACACAAGGGAAUUAGUGGUAAAUAUUAGACAAGCUGAAGGAAAUGGGCACAAAGGUAAAGGUGAACAAUGUGUCAUUCUGACAAAAACACUCCUUUCCAGACCCCUUUCUCUGGAUUCAGGAAGCAAAAUGCCCUUCGACACACCUAAAAUUACUGAAGUCUCUCUUCCACUGCAAAAUCAUCAGGAAUCAUCAGAUACCCAGAAGCUUGCAAAGAGAAAACCAGUUGAUGGUGAUAGUCAAAGCAGCUUGGAAAAAAUAGAUCACCAGGCACCACAAGAAGAACCCAUGCAGCAGUGUACCUUAAAUUUUCUGAUUGGUGUACAGCAGAGCAAGGAGUGUCUCCGGGUCAAAUCAAAAGGAAAUCUCAAUCAGUUCAUCUCAAAUUCUCAGAAGGGCCUGUAUUUCACAGGAGUAGGUUCUAUUAGAAGCAGGAAAAGUCUAGGAUGGCUCUAUACAGAGGAAAAGCCUCGGCCACAAAAUUACAAAACAGAGACACGUUCUUCGUAUCUUUCCUGUCCCACAAUAGGUCCUAAUAAAAUUGGAAAUCUGAAGGAAGGAACUGACACAAUGAACAACUUCAGCCAUAAAAUGCAUCCAAAGGUUUGGGGGCCACUGUCAAGGGAAAUAUCUAGCACCCCUAUAUAUUCAAAAGGACAAGGAUUGUCUGCCUCAAAGCAAGACAUAUUCUCAAAAGCAACAUCAGAAUCUGUAGAUUCUUAUAAAUUUCUUAAGCCCAAAUGGCAUGUGCACAGUAACAAUAAAAGAAGCAAAAUGUUUUCCCACGUUCCAGCAUCCUCAAAAACAGAGUCAUCUGAGAAAAUGCACGUUAGAGAGAUGACUAUUCCCCAGAAUAUAGAAGAAGAAAUGACAAAGCAAGCUGUACCGCAGUCCAAGAGUGAACACCAGAACAUGACCAACUCCAUCAUUUCUCUUAAAUUUUCUCUUCAAAUUGGAAAGCAAAAGACAGUGUUGGAAACAGAUUUAGAGAGGAAAACAGUGCUUCCCCGCAGAGGACUAAGACUACCAGAUACACAGGACCUCACACAGGUUGCUGAAACAGCUGGGGAGGAGUCAGCAUGGCUUGCUUCUGAGCUAGUGAAAUGUAUUCUGGAAUUGUUUCAGAAAUCUCUUAUUCCCCAUUUGGAUCUUUUACUUCAUUCUAGAGAUAUGGAGGGAGAAAGUGGCAAUGACACAAGCACUACUAUAAAUAUGGAACAGAAAAUAUUAGAAAUGGACAAUAAGAGUACUGUAAGUCAGGUAGAAGAAACCGUCAACAUAGAUAGAAGCAACACGGUACAUCCAAAAAAGGGAACACUAAAAGUCCCCAAGAACAGAAACAUUGUGGAUCUACAGAAAGAUAAAAUGAAACUGGGCACAAGUCAUACUGGAAAUAUGGAUACUCCAUCUCUAAAGGCAGAAGGAUCCCAAAUGAAGACUAAAGCAGUCGUUCGUUUUGUUGACAACCGGCCAAUCAAGCAGACAGAUGAAACGGAAUUGACAGCGUGGAACGCAAAGCACAACACUGAGCCACGGAAGGAUUCUAAAAAACCUGUUCUGGAUUCAUGCGAUUCCUUUGUUCCUUUUUCUACCAAAUGUGAAAGUCAUAAAGGUAGAUUAACAAUAAGAGAUAUGACAAGAGGACUGAAGCCCAACUAUUCAAGAACAAAUGCCCGGUGUCACCCAGUUUCACAGAGGCUUAGUACCAUAGGGCGUAGUGCUGCAAAGAAUAGAAAGAAGUUAGAGUAUAACCUUGACAAACAAAAGCAAAUGACCUUGUGGUAUAGAGAUAUCCUAGAAAUUGUCAUCCGAAGUCUCUCUAUUUCUAUGGCCAGUCCACCUCACGUUAAAGAGGCAGGAAAAUCUGCAAAAAACCUAAAAAGGGUACGAGGACACUAUCUUUUUAAAUCCCAGGAGAAAUCACCAAAUGCUGGUAAAAUUGGCACCUCAAGCACUUCAAAAGUAGGAGAACAGAAUUCUACAAAAAAGAUCCCAGGACAGUGCCAGCCAUUUACGGGUGCUGAAGAGCCAUACAAGACAUUUCUUAGUGCUGAUUUAAAACCAAAACUAUAUGAUGAAAUAAGCAAAACAAAUUUCACUCUGCAACCAGAACAGGUUAUUCCAGUGCAUGGUGCUUUGAAAAUUAUAAAGGAACCUGACUUGCAAGAACCAAAAGAAUACAUGGAUACACACAUAAAUAGCACCACAUGUAUGAAUACUUCACCUCUAGACAUAGGAAAAUCACAAAGUGGGAAGCAUGUAUUUGAUAUCGAGAGGCGCACUUCAUCACCCAAGCAAACAGAUCCAAAAGAACCAGUACAGGUUAUGACACAAAAGGUGGAGCAACAAAAGGCUUUAUCAGAUACUAUUCCAGUAUGUAUGCAUGCCCACGUGCCUAUACCAUCCCAAAUGAAAAGUAAUGAUAUAAAAACAUGGGCAGAAAGUACAGGCACAGAAAGUUCACCUCCUGUUUAUGAAGACAGUGAAAAUGUUCUUGUAACCCAGGGAGAAAAUGUGAUGGCUGAAAGGAAUCAACCACGUGGAAACCAAGGAGGCAAAGCUUUAGAGAAACAAGCAUUUGCUUGUAUGAAGAUCAAAGACCAAAUUUCUGUUCAUCAGCUGGAGAAAGUGCGAGACUAUAUACCUGAUGACUUAAAGUCACCAUUUCCAAAAAGACACCCCGAAUUGCAGUCAAAACCCUUCUCAGCUUUUACUUCUGAAGAAAAAAAUAAACUCACUAAUCACGUAGGGUCAAAAGGACUUGAAAUAAAAAGGAGUCUGCUACCAGAAAUUGUAAAUAAAUCCUUCCAAUACUUCAACACUUACUCAAAACAAUCUAUUUCAGAAGAAGGCAGCAGUUUGGGCAUGUACACAAAACCUAAAACAGUGUGUUUUGUAUCUCUAGAAGGCAUUGAUACAAUAGAACUUAAUUUAAAACAAAAAAAUUCCCCUAUCAAUCGUAUGAAAACAUUGACUGUUAAUGUUCCAAGAUGCAAUGAGGAGACACUAAAGUUAAAGAAUACUGAUAAGGUAUUAUUAAGUGAGAAAUCUUCAAAGACUCCUGCUGAUAAUACAAAGCUGUCACAUCAUAUUCUUCAGAACUUUUUAGAAGAAGAAAAAGCCAAAUUUCUCAGACAUUUUUCUACAAAAGCAUGGGAGAUUCAAAUACAAACUUUCCCCAGAGUUGUAAUAGAAUCCUUUGCAGUGGCCAAUGGCCGUGACCAAGCAAAACAUUUAUCACAAUGUAUUCAUUCUGGUAUCAAAUCAUCAAAUGAAAUUUUGUUAUUUUUUGAGGAAAAAUGUCUUCAUAAAAUAGAUCUUGACUUGCAAUACAAAUACCUUUGUUUCCUUCUCGGGCUCACUGCAGAAAGUAUUCCCCCUAAGAGAAAAGCUUUAUCCAACCAUGAACUAAACAUAAGGACAAUGUGUGGAAAAGUAGAUGAUGUUGGGAAAAGUUGUGAUCAUCCUGUUGAUACAGAACAGUUUGAAGAUCAGAUCUCUUUGAAAAAGCCAAGUCCUCAUAGAAGCUCAUCACUUACCACCUUAUGCCCAGAGCCAACCCAGAUGGGUACUUCUGAUUCUGAUCUAACCAGCCCAGUGGUAAAAGAUCCAAGUGUUGCUUCUAAAUCAAAAUCUCAUGUGACUCCAGAAAAAGAUAAAGAAUGUAAUUUUUCGUUUGAAAAAGCAAAUAAAUACAAAUCCUUUGACUUAAUGACUCAGGAAUAUAUUAGUUUAACUGAUGGAAGUUCAGUGCACAUUUCUGAAAGUGGUACGGAGAUUCAGUCAUAUGUGGAAAGCGUAGCCAAAUUUGAGAAAUGUCCAUCUCUUAAAGUAUAUGAAAGCAAGGAAUAUGUAUAUUUUGAUUCCAGUCCUUAUUUAUGUUUGGAGCCAGAAAGUUUUUUAGUUGAACCACAGGAAGGCAUUCCUUUGGGAACCCUCUGCCAGAUGAAAAACAACAAAACAGAUUCGAAACAAUUUUACGGUGCUGAUACAGGUUCCCAGGAUAUUAGAGGUAGAAAAGACAUCUUAACUGUGCCAUCACCUCACUAUAAGCCUUACAAGAACAAAAACUAUAGCGCAUCCUCCAAAAGGGAUUCUUCUGGUUGGUUUUUGCAUGAUUCACCAAACACUACAAAAAUUCAAUCUGUGGCAUCUGUACCAUUCGGUGAAGAGACACUUUCAUGGACCACAAGAAACAAAACAAGCCACUCGUUAGCUCCUUUAAUAGAAUCAAAUAUCCAAUUGCACCUUGCAGAAAAUCAAGGCAAGCAUCACGUGCGUUCAGGAAGCAAAGGAAGAAAGAAGCCAGAAUUUGGUGCACCGAGAAAGAACAUUGUUCAUUGGAAAGACGAUUACAGUUACACAAUGAGUAAAGAGAAAAGGUUAAGAAACAAGAAAAUGUAUGAGUUUGAAAGCUCAAAAUGGCACUUUCAGGACAGACAUACAUCACCAUCAACUGCUCAACAAAAGUAUACCAAGUUGCAUCCUGCAACAAAACAAAGCAGGCCUUUUUUUUAUGCCUGCACACCAGCCGAUUCGCUGGAGAUAAUUCCCCACACCAUUCGCUGGCCAGUUCCGACUAAAAUCUUAAAUAAGAGAAACUUCAGAAUUCCCCUGGUGGCAAAGAUGUCAAAUUCUUGGAAAAUCCUAAAUUUGUCCAGAAAAUGGUUGGGGUCAUUCACAGUCCUUUAG